AAGGCCGUAUAUACCGAAAAAAAUUUACAAUUCAUGAAAUGUAACCAAGGAGGGGAAGGGGAAGCUCCUGGUGAGUGGUGUCGGGACUAAACCCAUUUUACACAAGUAUGACUGAUUUGAAGUGAAAUGUUUUAUGCUUUUCACUAAAUUGAGCAUGCCUACUUGAAAUUUAAGUGAUUUUCCUGAUGAUCUGAAAGUGACUUGAAACUGAUUGUGAAUUGUGAUUUUCCUGUUAACUUCUGCCUGUUUUGUCUCCGAUGUGGUCAUGUUAUUCGUGACCCUGCUAGUGGGGGAGGUUAUAAACGCUAGCACAUGUCGACAUGUAGUGAUAGAGCUGGUUCGUUCAACCCAGCUAGUGGGGGUUAUACACUAGCAAAUCAUGGCCCUGCUAGUGGGGAUUAUACACUGGCCGUGACCUAUAGAGGAGACGUCUAUUUCGUGCCCGUAUUGUAUCUGUUUUCGUGAUUGUACUUGUUGGCAUGCUUUAAGUUUGAUAAGGGGCACUCCAUAUUUACUUACUGAGUUUAUCUCAUAGUUUUUCCUUGUCCACCAUUUCAGGAUGUGAAAUCGAGGAUGAGGAAACUACGGGAAGUGACGAGUUAGAAGGCUAGCCAUAUUGUAAUUGAACAUAGAUUUUAUAAUUUGAUCUUCAGAUUUUGAUGGUAUCAGAGUAUGAUAUGAUUAAGUUCCGAGCCUUGUGCAUUUGUGGGACUCGUCUCACAAGUGCACGGUGUCUGUCGCGCCUUGAAUUUGGGUUUUGGGGCGUGACAGAUUUUGUGGUAUCAGAGCUUAGUGGAGGAUGGGCAACCCUCUACCUUGUAAGAGAUUCAAGGCUAUUUUAGCAAAAGUUGUGUGUUUUCUAGCUGUGUUUUAGGAGAUGGAUUACUUGGUAAUUCCGUUGCUCCUUAUCUUCUGAAAGUCUUAUAGUGAAGUUUCACUUUUUCCAUUUGAAGCUUCAUGGUCUUUUCAUGUGGCUCAUUUUUCUGUAUUGGUUAAUCAAGAGCAGUGAUUAUUCAAUUGAAAUUGCCAUGUUUUGUGAAGAUUGGCAAACUGUCAUAAAGUUAAACUCUAUUGUUGCCAGUCUCUACAUUCUUGAUACCUAGAACUGCUUGAAACUCUUGAAAUCCAUCUUGAAUCUUUCUUGAUAUUGCUUUGUACUUGUUCUUGAAACUGAAAUCUAGAAAUGGAUAAUGAUUAUUGAAAUCCUCAUUAUCUAGAUACUUGUUUGAAAUUAAUUCUUGCAUUGUUCUUGGAAUCUAGUUUGAGUUGUCCUUGAAAACGUUCUUGUUCUGACAUUGGUUCUUGCUCAAAUUCUGUAUAUUGCUCUUGCUCAAAUCUUGCAUAUUCUGCUCGUUCUUGUUUCUGUAUACUUCUUGAUCUUCUUGAUUUUUGAUUUUUGUUCAUAUGGACACCUCUUUAGGAGGGGUGAUGAUUAUUAGGGAAUACCUAUAUGAGGCAUCCUAAUUCUUGUCUCUUGCAAGUGUUAGUCUCUAUAUUCUUGACGUCCUAGCUUUGACUUGACUCUAAGAUGUCUAGGAUGACUUGAUUGUAAACCUACUUAGCCUCCAUGAGCUACGAGGUAAAGGGGUAGUCCUUGAAAUACUUGAUGCCCUAGAGUUUUGUUCCAAGAGAAAUGGUUCUUUGUCUGGCUGCCUUGAUUUUUGUUUGCCCUUUUAAUUAGAAGACAGUAAUCUUCUCAGCAUCUUGAUCCCAGCCAUUGCUUUGUUCUGUUAAUUAAUUCUAGUACUUGAG